AUGGCUGAUAAUUUGGAUAAAUUUAUUGAAGAACGCAAAGCCAAAUUGGCCCAAGAAAAAGCAGAAUUGGAAAGUGAUCCGCCUUACAUGGAAAUGAAGGAAAAAGCAUCAGAGAAGCUUUCUGAAAACAGUAAAAUAUUAAUCUCCAUGGCUAAGGAAAACAUACCACCAAACAGCCAACAGCCUAGGGGUUCCUUAGGACUUGAUUAUGGAUUGAGUUUACCACUUGGGGAAGAUUAUGAACGGAAGAAACAUAAGCUAAAAGAAGAAUUGCGGCAAGAUUACAGACGCUAUCUUACUCAGAAAAAUUUUCUAUCCACGAGUGAAACAGAUCCAUCUACUCUGGGAGUUUCUCUUCCUAUUGGUGACAGGUUAUCUGCCAAGGAAAGGUUGAAACUUGAACGCAACAAAGAAUACAAUCAAUUUCUCAAGGGUAAGGAAGAAUCCACUGAAAAGUUCAGACAAGUAGAAAAGAGUACUGAGCAUAAAAGUCAAAGAAAUAAAAAACCUAUUGGUCCAGUUAAAUCUGAUAUACUUUCACAAAUAAAAACAUCUUGCCAAAAUUCAGAAGGUCCCAGGAGAGAUGUCUUAACUCCUUCAGAGGCAUAUGAAGAACUUUUAAACCAAAGACGACUAGAGGAGGACAGAUAUCGACAACUAGAUGAUGAAAUUGAAUUAAGGAAUAGAAGAAUCAUUAAGAAAACAAAUGAAGAAGUGGACAUUUCCAACAAAAAACAUCAAAGGUUUGCCAGCAAGGUUAACAUUCCAGAUAGAAGAUUCAGCCGGUUUAAUGAAGAUCGUGUCUGGGACAAACAGUAUUAUAUGCCAGACCAAGAUCCUGAAGUAAGUGAAGAAAUGGACGACAGGUUUAGAUAUGAAAGUGAUUAUGAUAGAAGACCUUUGAGAGUGUAUACAAAUGACAGGAUAUACGGGAACAGACGAGGGAAUGUUCCUUCUGUGGAGUAUGGUGGUGUCACAGGACAGUCAAACAUACGAAUUUCAUCUGCUGGAAAUAAAAGUGCUCGAGACAAUGAAGCAUCCAAAUCUACCCGAGAAAUCUGUAGUCCUUUUGCAGGGAUGCUCUUCGGAGGUGAAGAUCGAGAACUUGUUCAGAAAAAAAAAGAAAAAUAUAGACAAGAACUGUUGGAACAAAUGGCUAAACAAAAGGAGAACAAGAGACGAGAAAAAGAUCUGGAACUCAGAGUUGCAGCUUCUGGAGCCCAGGACCCCGAGAAAUCGCCCGAUAGACUAAAGCAGUUCAGUGUGUCACCAAGAUACCAUGAAGAGACGAUCCCACCUGAAAGACCCAGAGUAGCUUUCCAGACCCCUCUCCCUCCUUUAUCUGCCCCUCAUUCCCCCUCCUGCCCCCCAGCUCCCUGCAUCCCACCGCAGAGUGAAGAUCCGUACAGUGGACUCAGCAGCACCCUUGGUGAAAUGGUGCCUCCCAGGAUUGCACAUCUGCCUCCGCCUCCACUACUACCACCUUUGGUUACUAACUAUAGAACUCCCUAUGAUGAUGCAUACUAUUUUUAUGGAGCCAGGAAUACUAUGGAUCCUAGUCUGGCUUAUUAUGGGUCGGGAAUGAUGGGAGUGCAGCCUGCAGUUCAUGCUACGGCUCCUGUUGUGCACUGGCCAGCACAGCCCAUUGGGAACACGGUUGGACAGAACGAAUUGAGAUUUACAAGUGAUGGAACAAUUCAUUCAGGAUUAAACAAGCCAAAGCCUCCACAGCAGACACUUCAGUCUUACCAAGAAGCUUUGCAGCAGCAGAUUCAGGAAAGAGAACAGAGAAGGAAGAAAGAACGUCAAGAAAAGGAAGAAUAUGAAGCGAAGCUGGAGGCUGAGAUGAGAUGUUACAACCCCUGGGGGAAAGGUGGAGGUGGUGCUCCUCUCAGGGACACCGAGGGAAACCUGAUAACUGAUUUGAAUAAGAUGCACAGACAAAAUGUAGAUGCCUACCAUAACCCAGAUGCAAGACCAAAUGAAGAUAAAAGGGCAGUUGUAUCUCUAGACCAAAAUUUAGCCACUUCAAGUGCUGAGAGCCUAGAAGAUUCUGCAAAUAAAAACUCAGGACACAUGCACAUACAGAGCUCUCCUUUUGCUCGGGGAAAUGUAUUCGGUGAGCCCCUAACUGAGCUUCAGAUUAGACAGCAAGAAUCAUACAAGAAUUUUCUUCGGUUUCAGAUAGAGGAGAAGAAACAGAGAGAGGAAGCUGAGCGGGAGAGACUGAGGAUCGAAGAAGAGAAAGAAGAAAAGCGGCUGGCAGAACAGCGGGCGCGGAUCCAGCAGGAGUAUGAAGAGGAACAGGAGAAGAAGCGGGAGAAAGAGGAGGAGCAAAGACUAAAAAAUGAAGAGCUUAUUCGGUUAGCUGAAGAAAGACGAAAAGAAGCAGAAAAAAAGAAGAAAGAAGAAGAAGAAAAACACCACAAACAACUCCAGCACUACUACGAAAGAGAAAACAUAAUUGGGACAGAAACAAAGCGCUUAAGACAGCCUUCUCCUGUGGUUCCUGCUCUUCAGAACAAAAUUGCAGGCAAACUCCAAAGACCUCCUUCAGUUGACAGCAUUAUGAGUGCCUUUAUUCAAGAACGUUCCGUGUCCAGGGCACAGUCUCCUCCGGUGCCGGCCAGGAAAAAUCAGCUCCGUGCGGAAGAGGAGAAAAAGAACGUAAUCAUGGAAUUGUCGGAAAUGAGAAAACAGCUCCGGAGCGAAGAGCGGCGUCUGCAGGGGCAGCUGCUGCACUUGGCCGGCGACGAGGAGAUGCGCAUACGGAGGAGAGAGAGGAGCCCCAUGGACGUGUUUGACAUGGCGCGGCACCGGGUGCAGGCUCCCGUCAGAAGGCCGUCGCCGAGGGGCUUGGACUCGGCUACGUGGCAGAACAUUCAGGACUUUAAUGAGCUGAGAGACAGAGACUCAGUAACACGAGCGGAUCUGAAACUUAUGUACCCGGAUCCUCCGAGAGAUCAGUACACCUUAGAGAUUCAGCAGCAAGCCCUGCUGAGAGCGCAGCAGAAGAGACUGAACAGAAUAAAAAUGCAGGAAGGUGCUCAAGUGGACUUGGAUGCCGUCCCAAGAAAUCAAGUACAAGAUCAUAGAAUGCCCAGAGAUAACGCUAACGAUUUCUUAAAAAAUUCAUUAUUGGAAUCUGAUAGUGCUUUUAUUGGUGCCUAUGGGGAGACAUAUCCUGCCUUUGAGGAGGACGCCCUUCUUCUGCCCUCUGCACGGGAGCGCAGGAGGAGAAAACUGAAAGGCCUGGCCUCUGAUAACAGUCUUCCUAAUGUACCACCAGAUGAUCUCUCUUUGAAAUCUGUAUCCAGUAUAAACAUUGACCAGAUUAGAGUGAAAAAUGAAGAACGAAUGCGAAGACUGAAUGAACUCCAGAAUAAACCCAUUAAUACAGAUGACGAGAGCUCACUGGUUGACCCUGAUGACUUCAUGAGGCAUUUGGGUGACGAUGGAUCAAACUCCGUAGCAACUGAACCCUGGCUCCGCCCGGGCACCUCAGAGACGCUGAAACAGUUCAUGGCAGAGCAGCUGGACCAAGAGCAGCAGCAGGUUCCGGGAAAGCCAGGCGCUGUCCCUUGGCAGGGCCUGUCUACUGCACACGGCUAA